GGGAGCAAACAAAAUUUGCGCUCCUCGCUGGCCAAAACAUGAACCCUGUUUUCACCACUGCCAUGAUAUAUGGGGAUAUAGAUUCAAUUUGUUGAAAGAGGGGCAAGAGAUCUGUGAGACAUGGGAGAUAUCGAUCCAGCCUAUGUACAAUCCCCAGAACACCGUCCCAACCUUGAAAAGGUGGAUGCCGACGCCGUCGCCGGCGAAAUCCCCGUAAUCGAUCUCUCCCUCGGCAACGUCGAAGAGCUGGUAUCUCAGGUGGGCAGUGCGUGCGAGGCCUGGGGAUUCUUCCAAAUCAUCAAUCACGGCGUGCCCGUGGAAUUACACAGGAAGAUCGAGACCUGUGCCAAGAAAUUCUUCGAUCAGAGCAUGGAGGAGAAGAAGAAAGUCAAGAGAGACGAAGUGAACCCACUUGGGUACUACGACGGCGAGCACACUAAGAACGUCAGGGACUGGAAAGAAGUGUACGAUUAUCUUCUUAAAAACUCUUUGGAAUUUCCAGUUUCUCCUGAUCUCCAUGACCCGGAAACGAAGACGAUCACCAACCGAUUGCCCCAAUACCCACCUGAAUUCAGGGAGACAGUGGAACAGUAUGGUCGGGAAAUAGAGAGGGUGGCAUACAAGUUACUGGAGCUAGUUGCGCUGAGCUUGGGCUUACCAGCUCAGAGAUUCCAUGGAUAUUUCCAGGAGAAACAAUUGAGCGUAUUGCGACUCAAUUACUAUCCUCCAUGCCCAUUUCCUCACUUGGCUCUGGGAGUUGGGAGGCACAAGGAUUCUGGUGCGUUGACUCUGCUCGCCCAAAACGAUGUUGUCGGACUUGAGGUUAAGAGAAAAUCAGACGGUGAGUGGAUUCCUGUUAAACCAUUCCCUCAAGCCAUUGUCGUCAAUGUCGCCGACCUUCUUCAGGUUUGGAGCAAUGAUAAGUAUGAGAGUGUGGAGCACAGGGCGGUAGUGAACGGCGAGAAGGAGAGGAUUUCGAUUCCGUUCUUCUUCUUCCCAGCUCCCAAUGUAAUGGUUAAGCCAUUGGAGGAGCUUGUGAACGAGCAGAACCCCGCGAGAUACAGAGAAUACAAAUGGGGCAAGUUUUAUGCCAACAGAAUCUAUGGUGAUUUCAAGAAGCGUGAGGUCGAGAAUCUCCAGAUUUAUCACUUCAAGAUUUCGGAUUAGCCGUCUUCAGCUUCAUCCAUCCACUUGCAGUAAUAAUGGCCGCAUAUGAUCGAUAAAUCGGCUGCUUUGGAAACUCUAUCUAGUUUAUGUCCAUGUAUUAUCAUCCCCAAAUGGUACUAAUAAAUCUCUUAUUUUCGGUCACAUUCCAACUCCCAA